UAUGGAUCAGAGGGUCAACGUUAAAGGCACCAUAAGCCUAAGCCUUUGCAUCCAAAGCUAUUCUUCAUCUGCACUGCAUUGCAAACUUUACAAAGUGCCAAGCUUUGUAGAGGAAGAAAGGAAUGGAAGACCACAAGGAGCAUCAAAAUUUUGUAACCAUCGACGUGCAUGCUGCCAAAGAUAUGCUUAACUUGGAUGGUUACCACUAUCUGGAUGUGAGAACUGUUGAGGAAUUCAACAAGAGCCAUGUUGAGAAUGCACAAAAUGUUCCGUACAUGUUCCUUACAGAACAAGGAAGGGUGCAAAACCCUGAUUUUAUUGACCAGGUUGAAGCAAUAUACAAGAAGGAUGAUCACUUAAUUGUGGCUUGCAAUAGCGGAGGAAGAGCAUCCCGAGCCUGCGUUGACCUGCUUGAUCAUGGAUAUAAGCAUGUUGUUAACAUGGGAGGAGGCUACUCGGCUUGGGUGGAUGCUGGUUUUGCCGUGGACAAGCCACCAGAAGAGCUCAAAACCAGUUGCAAGUUCCGUCCUAAGCAAUCUUGAUUCGAAUUUUAUGAACGCAAGCACAAUGUUAUUGAUUUUAUUAUUUUAAUGAGGAAGAUAUUGCUGCUGCUUGUUUUGUAUGAAUAAACGUAAAUUGUACUUGUGAGUUGUGAGGGAGCUGGUUCUGUAUUCUCUUUCCAGUUGCUAUCCCAAAGUCUUCUUACAUUGCUUGUGACAAAUGACUUGGUAACAUCAAUGGUUCAAGUUGUGGUUUAUUAAUAGAAAUAUGAGGAAAUAGUUUGUAUAAA